UGUCAAUUUGCUACAUGCGUUUGGGCUUUCGUUCGAAUAGGUAUUUAAGUCUGAAAAUUUUGCCGGUGUCUCUUCUUUUUUUCUUAGGAAAGAGAGUUACGACCAAAGCUUCUCUCUCUUUUACUGAUAGAUGCUUAGAAGAAGGAAAUCUCUUCUUCUUGAUUGAUCGAUUCUUUCGUCAUCAAGAAGAAGAAGAAGAAAAGCAAAUAAAAAGGAUAGGAGAGAAAAAAAAAUAGAAGUUUAUGCCCCAGGGAUCGAAAACUUAAAAAUAUAUAUCACCAUGGACUUGACUUCGACUACGACAACUUCAGCCGCUGCAGCUGUCAACGACAAAGAGUCAGCCGUUGAUCCUUUCCUGGUUGAGGCUCUUCAAAAUCCUCGUCACCGUCUCACCAUUUUGCGGAUGGAACUUGAUGUCCAGAAGUUUUUGCAACAUUCUGACCAGCAGCAAUUUGAUUUCGAGCAUUUUCCUACUUCCUACCUUCGGCUUGCAGCACAUCGUGUCGCACAACAUUAUGGGCUUAUAACUAUGGUUCAUGAUAAUGGUUUAGAUGGCCUAGGAAGCAGAAUUGUGGUGAAGAGAGUGGGUGAAAUCAGAUAUCCUGCUGUCCGUUUGUCUGAAAUUCCAGCCAAACACUCAGAAAAUGAUAAACCUGAGCAGAUUAAAAUUGCUAUUAGGCCUAGGCCAAAUUACGUGUCUGUGAAUGAAGCUAAUCAAAUUGGUACCAAAAGAAGUCCUGUGAGAAGUGUGGAAGAGAGGAAGGAAGAGUAUGACAGGGCACGAGCGCGUAUUUUCAGUUGCCCUAUCAGUCCUGAUUCUGAUGAGUCUUCACCUCAGAUUUCAAUUGAUGGACAAAAUGAAUCUCUGAUCAAAGAUGAGUGUGAAAGUUACAGGAGCUCCAUGGUUGAUCCAGAUAAAAGUAUUACCAUUCGGGAUGGUACAUCCCGAGUAGCCAUUUUUAGAGACAGAGAGAAGGAUCGUACUGACCCAGACUAUGACCGGAGUUAUCAAAGGUAUGUUAGAAGCAUUCCUUGUAACCAGAGCUUUGGCUUGGCUCCUUACAAUAUGCAGAAGAUACAGCUUCCAUUCAUGCAGUAUGAUUCUGCUUUUCCUCAGUUGGGUCAGAUUGCAAGUACUCAAGUUUCCCUCAGGUAUGGUGUCCCUGCAAGGCCAGCUUUGAGCCAUUUAUGUGACCUGGGAUUGAAUCGAACUUCUAGAGAUGGUGCUUAUAUGCAGUGGCCAAGUGCUACUAUGAUGUAUUCGCAUUCAUAUGAUCAGUUUAGACAUGCUCUAUUUCAGGCCCCAUUUUGUCACCGACCUCUGAGCUUUGACCACACCCAGAAUAGGUAAAUGGUACUAGCGGUUUACUGAGUUGUAUUAUGCAAAUUUCCGUCUGUUAGGGUUUAAUGUGGCUGCAUUGUUAGGGUCCAUUGUUUAAAGAUACACUUAGACCAUUUGUUCCAGCUUAUCUAGCUUCGUUGUUUUAACA